AUGGAACUAAAGUUUAGCGUUGAUGGUCUGCCCGUUUCAAACUCAGGAGACGAAGACUUUUGGUGCCAUCUUUGUCAAGUUCAUUUAUAUCCUAAUAUUUACAUACCAUUCCUAGUAUCAAUAUUUAGCGGAAAAGCAAAGCCAGCAAGCAUUGAUGUUUAUUUCACAAAAUUUGUGGAUGAAAUAAAUGAAUUGCAUGAAAAUGGAAUUGAUAUUGCUGGAAAACAUUUUACUGUGCAAGUAAAAUGCAUUGUUCGUGACACUCCAGCAAGGGCAUUUUGUAAAAAUACAGUGGGACAUGCUGGAAACCAUGCUUGUGAAAGGUGCACAGUAAAAGGCACAAAAAAAGGCAUAGGCAGGACUGUCUUUCUAUUAGUUGACAGCGUCGAAAGAUCGGACGAGUCUUUUAGAAACCAAAUACAAGCUCCUCAUCGCAAUGGGCGAACAAAAUUGCUUGACAUAAGACCCAAUAUUAAUAUGAUAUUUACCUUCGUCUUGGACUUCAUGCACUUAUGUUGCCUUGGAAUUAUGAAAAAACUGAUUGAAUGGUGGCUUUCCGGUGACUUUAUAGUAAGAUUAGGACCGAGAAUGAGAGAUCUUUUGUCUGAACGAAUGGAGCUUCUGGAAUCUCAAGUCCCUUGUGAAUUUACAGAAAACCUGCGUCACUAA